CCAAAAACAAGCUAACAUUCGAGAUUAUCUGCAAUUGAAGAAGUUUAGUUGGCAAAUAUCUUGUAUUCCUGGAGAGCAGAAGUAUCUGAGUUUUGCGUAUCGCUCGUGUUUGAAAUCGAACUGUGCCCGUUUAGUGACAGUCUAAGAUACGGACCAUACAUAGAUGGUUAUUAUAGUGACUUUGAACUUAGUGUGAGUGUUGGCUAAGAGAGUUCGCAUGGCUUAAAUGGCUUUUCGUAACAAAAUUUUUAUAUCAUUUGGACUGCUGUGCCUGCUAGCUCUAAAAUCCAGUGACGGAGAUGGAAUUCGUCUUCCUGACCAACAAGAACAGCCCAAACAGCAACAAAACUUCAUUCCUGAGCAUGAAGCAGCUACGGCACAACAUAUUGAAGGACGUCGUCAAGGAAAAGGUUUAUUAGAUUUAGUCGGAUUAGGAACUGGACCAAACGUUGAUCCUUAUGUUGCUCAGACUAACGCAAACUGCCUCCAAGGGCAAUUAUCAGAGUGUUUCAAAACGCAAGCCCUUGGAACUUUCGAAGAAUUCUUCCUACGUGACGCUUAUGAUUUAACCGAGAAUGCUCGAGUUGUACGGGUACCUCAAGAACAGGUGCGAUCACUUUAUAAUGAGCCUUUCGAAUUUUCGUCCGAGCCAAGGUCAACCGAUUCAGAAUGGGAUCAACUUGUGAAAUAUGGACUAAGGAAGAUUGAAAGGUUCGUGAAAUCCACUGCUUUCGAAGUGAAUAUUCCCAGCGAGAUUCUAGGUGAAGGUCGCUAUUCUCCCCGCUUUAUAGAUGAAAUUGAUAGCGAAAUCGACACUAUUGAAGAUAAAAAGGCUCCACUUUUCACUCGCAAGAAGCUCAAGCGGCUCUUUAUUCCUUUGUUGCUGGUAUUGAAAAUAUUCAAGUUGAAGCUUCUGCUGUUCUUGCCAUUCAUUUUGGGACUUGCCGGACUGAAGAAAGUUCUUGGAUUGGCUGCUAUAAUUGUACCAGGUUUGAUUGCCUACUUCAAAAUAUGCCGACCGCAAAACAACUUGGGAAGUUUCGGAAAUUAUUACUCGAAUACCUUCUCACAAUAUUCUCCAGAAGGAAUCGGGCCAGCUAGUUACCAUAGUCAUCAUCAUGAGCACUAUCCUGGCGGACAGGGAAAUUUCUUCCGACAGGAACAGAAUACACCCUACGUGGACUAUUACAGUAAAGCCGGAGCAGGAAAUACUGUUCGCUGGGGUGAGAACGUUCAGGAUUUAGCAUAUCAAGGCUACUCCGAAUAUAGAAAUAAGAAGGAGAGUUAAUUGCUGUUUCAUGUGUGUGUAAAUUAGUCUUCCGAGCGAUUAAUUUAAUUUGUUAUUCUAUUUUAUCUAUUUAUUGCAAUCAAAUAAACAUUCUGUUCGUAUA